GACGCGCUUGGAGUUACGGAGCGCCUUGCGGUUUUUCCGGACAAGACGCCGGCCGACGUGCGCAGGCUGGCAGGCUGGCUCCGCUCCCCCAUCUGCGGGCUGAAGUGGGCCGGGCCUCCGGACUCCAUCAUUAUUGUCUCGAGGCCCCAUUACCAUAUAAUGGAAAGCUGGGAUGUAGAGAAAAUGAUGGAGGAGCCGCCUACCGACGCUUACUACGAAGCCUUGGCGAAAGACCUCCGUGAUAAGCACAAGAUAGCUUGGCCAUGCUUGCUGGAUCAUUUUGUGUCCCUUGAAGCUUUCCUAGAUAAGUCGAUACUUUUCGGCUUUUCUUUCGGCAUCAACAAAGCAGAGAUUUGCGUUGCGCAGGGCGCGCUGCCCGGCGGUACUCGAUUCCUCCCGCUAAGGGAGAAGUUGCACAUAGAGCAAUUCUUGAGCUGCGCGAAUUGGCUCCGUGGGUAUCACAUUGCGGAGUACGGUCACGCAGCCAAGGUCCUUGGCGAGUGGCAGAAACCAGGGGCAAUUUUCCUGUCAGGCGCUUCCGAGGGAUGCAAGGCCUUGCGUGCGGUCAAAAAGAUGAUGCAGCAGCACAUCUGCUUGGCGGCAUUCGAUGAGGCUUCGGCCGCAGACGGCUCAUGUCCCUUGGAGCAAAUUUCUGACGCUUCAGGGACAGCUGUCGGAGGCAGCGUUGUCCAGAUGUCUCAAGACCUCAGCAAGUUGAAAGUCUUGAUGAGACACUUCAAGUCCGUCACUCUGGCGCAGCAAAACUGGCCGCCUGUCAUCCAGGAGGCCUUUGCGCAGUUGGAAGUGAAGAGG